GGGCGGAGGAGGAGGAGGCGGCGGCGGCGGGAUGGAGGGGCUCAUCCCGCUCGUUAACCGGCUGCAGGAUGCCUUCGCGGCGCUGGGCCAGAACUGYCUGCUCGACCUGCCGCAGAUCGCMGUGGUGGGCGGGCAGAGCGCCGGCAAGAGCUCCGUGCUGGAGAACUGCGUCUCCAGGGAUUUUCUUCCACGAGGCUCUGGAAUAGUGACAAGACGACCAUUGGUCCUGCAACUCAUCACUGCCAAAACAGAAUAUGCAGAAUUUCUACACUGCAAAGGGAAGAAAUUUACUGAUUUUGAUGAAGUUCGUCAGGAAAUUGAAGUAGAAACAGAUAGAGUCACAGGAAUGAACAAAGGCAUUUCUUCAGUUCCUAUUAAUUUAAGAGUAUAUUCUCCACAUGUCUUAAGCCUGACCCUGAUCGAUUUGCCGGGCAUCACUAAAGUGCCAGUAGGGGAUCAGCCUCCAGAUAUYGAGCAGCAGAUCAGAGACAUGAUAAUGCAGUUCAUCUCUCGGGAGAACUGCUUGAUCCUGGCUGUGACUCCAGCUAACACUGACCUGGCCAACUCGGAUGCUCUGAAGCUGGCAAAGGAAGUGGACCCUCAGGGCCUUAGGACCAUUGGUGUGAUCACAAAAUUGGAUCUGAUGGAUGAAGGAACAGAUGCAAGAGAAGUUCUAGAAAACAAACUACUCCCUCUUCGUAGAGGUUAUAUUGGUGUUGUAAACAGAAGCCAGAAAGACAUUGAUGGGAAGAAGGACAUAAAGGCAGCUCUUUUAGCAGAAAGGAAAUUCUUUCUGUCCCACCCAUCCUACAGGCACAUGGCGGAUCGAAUGGGAACACCAUAUCUCCAGAAAGUUCUAAACCAGCAACUUACCAAUCAUAUUCGGGAUACGUUGCCAGCCUUCCGAAGCAAACUCCAGAGUCAGCUGCUUUCUAUAGAACAUGAAGUAGAAGUAUACAAAAACUUCAGACCAGAAGAUCCCACCAGAAAAACAAAAGCCCUGUUGCAGAUGGUACAACAAUUUUCAGUGGACUUUGAAAAAAGAAUUGAAGGAUCAGGAGAUCAAGUUGAUACACUAGAGCUUUCAGGCGGUGCCAAAAUCAAUCGUAUUUUCCAUGAACGUUUUCCGUUUGAACUUGUGAAGAUGGAAUUCAACGAGAAGGAGCUGCGGAGGGAGAUAAGUUAUGCCAUCAAGAACAUACACGGUAUCAGAACAGGUUUGUUCACUCCAGAUAUGGCAUUUGAAGCCAUUGUUAAAAAACAAAUAGUUAAGCUGAAAGGGCCUUGCUUAAAAAGUGUUGAUCUGGUGAUGCAAGAAUUAAUCAACACUGUCAAGAAGUGCACUAAAAAGUUGGCAACAUAUCCAAGGUUGUGUGAGGAAACAGAAAGAAUUGUUGCUGGCUACAUUCGUGAAAGAGAAGAGAAGACCAAGGAUCAGAUGCUGCUGCUCAUUGAUAUCCAGGUUUCUUAUAUCAACACCAACCAUGAAGACUUCAUUGGCUUUGCAAAUGCCCAACAAAGAAGCAGUCAGGUUAACAAAAGUGCAGUGGGAAAUCAGGUCAUCCGGAAAGGCUGGCUCACCAUCAACAACAUCGGCAUCAUGAAAGGAGGAUCCAAGGAAUACUGGUUCGUUCUAACUGCAGAAAGCUUGUCCUGGUAUAAAGAUGAUGAGGAAAAAGAGAAGAAGUAUAUGCUGCCUUUGGACAACUUGAAAGUGCGAGAUGUUGAAAAGAGCUUUAUGUCCAGCAAACACAUCUUUGCAUURUUUAACACAGAGCAGAGGAAUGUUUACAAGGAUUACCGUUUCCUUGAGCUAGCCUGUGACUCCCAAGAGGAGGUGGAUAGCUGGAAGGCAUCUCUGCUCCGAGCCGGUGUCUAUCCUGAUAAAUCCUCAACUGAAACUGAAGAGAAUGGCCAAGCAGAUAAUUUUUCAAUGGACCCCCAGCUGGAGAGACAGGUGGAGACAAUUCGAAACCUUGUGGACUCCUACAUGUCUAUUAUUAACAAAUGUAUCCGMGAUUUGAUACCGAAAACAAUCAUGCAUCUUAUGAUCAAUAACGUGAAAGAAUUUAUCAACGCAGAGCUCCUGGCUCACUUGUACUCUUCUGAGGACCAAAACACUCUGAUGGAGGAGUCAGCCGAGCAGGCGCAGCGACGGGACGAGACCCUGCGCAUGUACCAGGCCCUGAAGGAGGCCCUGGCCAUCAUUGGUGACAUCAGCACGAGCACUGUCUCAACCCCUGCUCCCCCUCCUGUCGACGACUCGUGGCUUCAGCAGGCACGCAGAUCACCYCCUCCAAGUCCUUCAACUCCGAGGAGACCUACAUUGAACAAUCCCCCAACCAGACCUCUAUCUGGCCGAGGACCCGCUCCUGCAAUCCCAUCUCCAGGUCCUCAGUCGGGGGCUCCCCCCGUCCCUUUCCGCCCAGGACCACUGCCUCCGUUUCCCAGCGGAGAAGCUCAUGGAGGACCUCCCCAGGUUCCCUCUCGGCCAUCCCGGGCUCCUCCCAGCGUCCCAAGUCGAAGACCACCCCCUUCACCUACUCGGCCCACUGUAAUCCGUCCGUUAGAUUCAUCCCUGUUAGACUAAAAGGAGUUUCUGGCAUGUCAUUCAUUGUUAACCAAAUCUGUGGAAACAAAUUGCUUGGUAACUGUCACAAUAACCAAUGUAUAGUCGCAUGUAUGGACAUCUAUAGGCAAGUAACCACUUUUACUGAUAUUCUCUGUCCAUUCUGCAUUGUUUAUGAGGUCUUAAAUGUUUGGGGAAGGUCUGUGCUGCCUUGACUUUUCCUUCUGCAAUAACUGAUGUUAGCUAACUUACUGACACAUAUCCACCCAGGCAACUGUGCUCACAGUCCUCUACAGCACAUGGAGGRCUUGACUUUGUGUGUGUUUGUGCACGUGUUGAUUUGAUCUGCUGCUUUUUUUUYCCCACUCUUACCUGAAAGGAAUCUUGCUUUUAUUUGUACCUUCCAGGUUUUCUAUUUUCUCUUGUAAUGGCUAAAUUGGGCAAGGAAAAGCCACGUGGUUUCUUAMCAAGCUCUUCUGAAGGCCCCAUACUUCCAGGUCUCUCUUGCAAGAGGCUUGCUUCUCCUAUAAAUUGUCCUUACCCAAAUUUUAGUUGUAAGGAAUGUUGUUACACAAGCAGGGUGUGUGUGGGACAAAGCAUGUUUUGCUUUAUUUCCACCCUGGCAGCUGACAUGCCAAGUUUSCCCCUGUGUAAAGAUUUUCUCUUURUAUUCCAUGGUCCUGYACACCUUGGAUUACUGUUGCUUUAUCCAGCUAGGUUCUGGGAAGUGCUCAGCUGUGCAUCCUGGAUUAUUUUAGCAGCUGCUCCCUUGCAGAGGUCCUCUCUGCCUCUUGUUUUGCACRUUAUAAAUUAAUGCAUUAUAAAUGCCUUUUGUCUUAACUGCAUUACUUCACUUUAAACACUUAGGGUCAGUGUCAUCCUUAAAGCUUAGAACAUACUGAGUUAACAGAAUGCAACUGAGAAGAAUUUGAGAAGAAUUUGGCCUUGUUCCUUCAGAAAAURUGAAUUGCUGCUAUUACAAUUAUGGUCACAGAUCCCUAGGCAAAGCAAUUGGUGGUUUCAAAGGCCCCCAGCAUAAUCAGUCUAAUAAAUGUAUUUAUUGAGACUGCUUGUAGGGCUCCAGUAUGCUGUAGCCCCAUGGUUAGGAAGAAUCCAAUCAAAGAGCCACAACAAAUGGGGAUUUAACCUAUUAAGUAUUCCCAGGCUGCUGAUUAGCUGUGCUCACCAGUGCAGCAAAUCAUGUUUCAGCUUGCAGAAGAGAGACUAGCUUGGGAAAGCAUCAUGAUUUGUAUGUUAGCUUAACUUUAAUUUCCUGUCAACCUCAUACUUGUGACACAUGCCUGGGGAGUCYAGAGGUCACAUCUGAUGCACAGUGAAGAUGGAAUUUGUCAGAGCACUGGCAUCUUGGUGAUCUCAGAGGACUGCUUAAAUGGCUGAUGUUUGUUUGGGGAACAGGCCCACAUCUCCAAUGCCAAGUGCACAGAAUCUGCUUUCAAGGCAAAAAAGYUGCAAACACAACUAGAGUCAUACUGAUUUUUACUACAAAAAGRAAAAUGUAUUUUGAUGAUUUUUCUUGUCUUCUUCACAGCUUUCCACUGCUUAGUGCUCUCUGCUGUAACCUGUGAUGCAUCUGUUGGAUAUAUUUUUUUGUAAAUAGCCAUAGUAGCCCAUGCUGUUGCCUUGCCAGCACACUUGUAUAUAAUUUAUCAGAACUCYGUUACAGACUGGCAGCUGCCUGCUCAUGGAAAUCACUUCAAUCCCAAGUUCUAAUAUUGAAUGGGUGGUAGAGGACCAGGUUGGAUGAGGUUUUCAGUAACCUGGUCUAGUGGAAGGUGUCCCUGCUCRUGGCAGGGGGCUUGGAACAAGAUGAGCUCCAAGGUCCCUUCCAACCCAAUCCAUUCUAUGAUAUUGCAAGGCCAUGGUCUGGGUUUAUCCCACCAUACCCCAGGGACUCAGCUUAGUUGUCCUUUGUUCAGUGGGAAGAGCGUCACCUCUAGGAGGUGAUUCAGAGCAGCAUGGCUGCACAGGACACGAGGGUGAUGUUGCUAAGUUAGGAGCCUCAAUUACGUGACAACGAGACUAGAGACUCCCUCAUUUACUUCAAUGACUGUUUCUGCCAAGCAUAAGGAAGUAGAUGGCACAAUUCAGCACUGUCUGUAACUCUGCCCCCGAGAAACUAUUUCUCAGAAGUAAUCCUGAAUUGUAAAUAAAGCUCUGGAGGGUGGAUUUACCCAAAAGAGGAGGAGGCAGCGAAGCGUCAGCACCAUCUGGUUCUGUGCUUGAUGCUGAGGGUGCAGAACACAGCUGCACAGCCUCCUUCCUCAUUCAGAUCUCAUCUCAACCUGGCCCCUUGCCCUAARUGCAGCACUUUUAGGUGUGCAGGUUAAUAAAUAACCAUGAGCACAAAUCCAGGGUUUGAUGAUUUCGCCUCUUCUUGCGUAUACGCUUGUCAGAGUAAACCACAUAGAAUUGUUUCUAGGAAAAACACUUAAGUGCUUCACAAGAAAUUGCCACAUCCAAUUGAGUAAGUACUGUCCUUCAACCUCGGCCCACUUCCUUCUGCUGUUAAGUGCCMGGAAUGGGUUUGUUGUCCCACUCGCUCCUGAUGCUGACAAGUUCCRUCAAUCCUGUCCCCUGUUCUCAGAGUUGCAGCCUUGGCAGCAAAACUCACUCCAUACCUGAAGGGCAGCAGGAYAAGCACCCUGUGGAUCUGCUAGAGGGACCAUUCUGCAGACCCACUUACAGGGGAUGAGCCAAGCCUGAACUUUGUAUCUGAGAAGGGCAGCUUGCUCUGCCUUUCUCUGAUUCCCUCUGGCAAAGCUCAAAUUGCUAGGGUGUAGUGGAGCAAUAAUGAAGCAACCCAGGAGUUUCUCAUCUUACCUGAGGUACCUGAAGAUCUGGGUAAUUGCUGAGUUUCAGGAGGGUGCUCAUCUAGUAUUGCAUUUAGGCUGAGCCAGGGUCUCUGCCUGGAGAACACGUUCCACCUCACCUCGCCAUGGCUGACCAACAGCUGAAGAGCUUGUGCGUGCUGUGGAUAGCUCUUGGUCUUGGAUCUCAAGGGRUUUUGUGCUAGGGUUAAAAAGAUUGUAUGUUCAACAAAAAGGCUUAUGUACAUAGUUAAUGUGUGUUUAUUUUAUUGCUGAUCUUGUUGCACUUUCAGAGUAAGCCUCCUAAAAGUAGAUUAUUUAUUAUAUUAAAGAAGACACAUUAUAGGUUAUGGUAUUUAGUGUUAAAGUAUAGAAAAUAUCCUCUCCGUUACAGACAGCUACACUAACCAUGAUGUGUACGGCAUAUUGAGAUUCCUGACUAGCUCUGUCAUCCUGUCUUAAAAUAGUCUGAACCUCCUGGAUUGAGAGCAGACCUACUUUGUCCCUGUGCCACUGGGGAAUAUCUUGGUGCACUUCUGGCACAGCUCCUCCCRCUGUGGCACUCACUGCCCCUGCUCCCAGGCUUUUGCAGAACAGCUCCCCUGUGUAAAUGAAUGUUACUCUGCCUGUCUUUCCUCUUGCUUUGUCUGCAGGCGAGCUGAUGCUGAUGGCUCCUCCCGUCCAGACAGUCCUCCACUCUUGCUUGAUCUAUGAUUUGUCCCGUCUUGCCGGCCGUUUGUUUUACUGCUGUCUCUUUACUUUUCCAGGACGGGGUAAACGAGGACUUCUUUUUUGUAAGAAGCAAACGCUUAAUUUCUUUCUGGGUUUUUUUUUUUUUUUGCUCUGUAUGUUAAUGCCCUACUUCAUGUGAGCCAAAACAUCUGCCUUUGGUUUCGUAAUCUGUAAAUGGUUCCUGGUGUUGACCUUUGAGCACAGCGAGUCGAUUCCCGAAACCGUGGUCAUUACUGAGCAUCACAUACACCUGCUGUAAAAAUGUUAUGCUGCAUUUCUGAACCUGAAAUAAACUGUAAUUCUUGAUGGGCUUUUAUUAUUACUUUCUGAAUGUGUAUGAGUGAUCUUCUGUCUCUCACACCCUCAUCUCAGCUUUCCACACUCUAUCUCAGUGGGGACUGCAGGGGGGAUUUAUCGGAGGUGCUGUUGCAUUGAGAUCACCGGAGAUGUCAUURAAGGGGAGACUGAAGCCAGUGGGAAGCAUUCAGCCGGUUCCCUGCAAGGGGUUUGGAGUGCCACAGAGAAAUUUUGCUGGGAAAUGGAUGAAUGCUUUGCAAGCAGAACCUGGGAUUCACUUUAUUGCCAAGGAAAGCACGUUUUGGGGAGUUUCAGAGCUGAGCAGAAGGCCAGAGUGAGUCCUCCAGAGCAGGAGCUGGAGUUAAAGUGCCUGAAAGGGAUUUCCCCCAAAGUGGUUGUGUACAAAUGAGCAGAUGUCUUGAUUACUCAGUUCCUCCUUCAGAUCAGGAUGAGCCAAGUAGCUGCAAUCAGUGCUUGGAGAUGGUUUGUAUGGCACAAAGAGCACAGCAGCUUCCUGUGGGAAGCAUCACAGUUGCUGUGGGUUCUCAGGUUUUGGGAAAGGAGGGAGCAAAAGGUGGGAUGAGCAGCAGGAACAUCUCCAUUGUAUCCUGUAACAUUUGGAGAUUUGUUUAAUAGUCAUUAAUGGCCAUGGCUGAGGCAGUUUGCACUUCCCCUCAGAGAACAGCAGUGCCCCACGUGUCCCCUACUGGGUGGAACACACCACRUAGCCCUGGAUGCUUCUGGCUCCGAGCACGUUGGUCAGGUACAGCUGAGUGCUCUGUGCUGGGUACCAGGAGGAGCAGCUGCUCUUCCGCACUGGGCUCACACUCCCACGGGGCACUCCAGCUUCAUUUUUAACCUUUCCCAGCAAUGUCACCUCCAGACACCCCAGUCCACCCCACAGGCUAUCRUGUUGGAUCAGUCCUCAUUUCUUCAGCAUCUCUAAAGAUCUACUCCAAGAAGAGUGUUUGAAGCAGACAGUGGUGAGAAUGUUAAGGCUGCCUGAGGAAAAACUCUUUCAGAGGGUAUAAUUUGCUGGAAGAAAAUUAGAAAGCCUGUGACCAGCGACCUCCACACCUGGGCUGGGAUUGUUCUGGUUCUCUGGUGCUGGCAAUCACAGGGGAGGCGGUGAGGAUGAAAGCCAGGCUGUGCUGAGAGCCAGCUGAUUCUAAUCCUGCUCUUGCUCUUUUCCUUAAUAUGCAUGUUCUGUGCCUUUUUCUCUUAACCCAUUUUAUUAAGGUAAUUUUGUAUAUGAGUCAUUUUAUUGUAUGUUGGCCUUUUAUUUUAAAUCUCCCCCUCUCCCUGUGAUUUUUGGUCAUUUUGUGUUUUUUUCCCAGGCGACCUUCACCAGCUGUUCCAGGAAGAUCAUCUUAACACACUCCUUUCUUUUGUGUUACAUGCAAUGUCUUUCUUUUUUUUUUUUUUUAAAUCCAGAAUUACCUUUAAUUUGCACUAGCCUAUUUGUA